AGACUCGUACAGCAAUCAAACGGCGUCCUAUACAUUCGUGAUUUUAUUACACGAUCUAAAAACAUACCUGGUGUGCACGUGACAUUACUUUCACUUCUGGAAGAGUUGAAAGCUGGAGACGGCAGUAUACCAAACAUUUCGAAAGCCUGUUAUUCACAGAUAUUUGGCAACCAGUGCAAUGAAGCCACCAAACAUUCUUGUGCAGACAAAUUGUGAGAAAGAUUUUAUAUCAAUACAGAAAACAUUAAAGGCGGUCCUUCAGCCAAAUACCUACACCAUCUAUCAAAUCUCAAAAGAAAAUUUGUGCAGGCAACCUUGGAUGGACACUUGCUCACUAUUGCUUUCUGCUGACUGCAGAAUGACAUCAGCACAACGGUUAGUUUUGCAAAAGUAUGUAAAUACUUCUGAUAGUAGAAUUUUAUUCCAUAAUGUUGUGGAAGAUGAUGCAAGACGGUUGAUUUCAUUUUUUGACGAAUUGGAACUCACCAAGGCUAAUCCUGAUCCCGCAUUAAACAUUACGCGAUUCAUAACCAAAAACUCCGAAAUUGUUGCAGCUGUCGCACACGAAAAAUUAACAGCUAUUCCAAAAGUUCAACUUUCAUCUUUGUUGAACGAACUCAAUAUACACACCAGUCAAGUCACCGACGAAAACGGCGUUGCUCGAUGUGUCGCUUAUUUAUUCACGUCAAAUCCACGCUCGAGGGUGGAAGAACUAUUUCAGGUUACAGCUCAGAAAAAUUGUCUUACAUUAUCAGAGAAGAAGAUACAGUUGCACUUCGUGGAAAACUCGAAUGGGAUAGCUACUGAAAAUAUUAAAGAGAGUGAACUAUAUGUAGUGACAAAAAACAAAUCAAAUUGCAGUUUUAACUGGAGACUGUAUCAAAAUACAUUGCGCACAAAAACGAUUGGCCAGAAUCUGAUUUAUGCUGAUGUUAUUGACUCCACCCAAAAUUUGUUUACAAAUCUUAACGUUACCAAAAUAAAAACUCCUGGCUUAGUCGUAUACGCUAGACAGCAAACUAAUGGAAAAGGGAGGUCUGGAAACCAGUGGUUGUCGCCGGCUGGCUGUAUGAUGUUUUCAGUUCAGGUUGAUAUUCCGCUUAAAACUAAUUUAGGUCAAAAAUUGCCAUAUGUGCAACACAUCGCUGUUGUUGCGUUUGUAAAGUCAAUCAAAGAACGACUGGGAUACGCAGAACUCGAUUUGAACAUUAAAUGGCCUAAUGAUAUUUAUAUCAAGAAAAACGUUAAAAUAGGAGGUGUUAUUGUCAAUUCUUCAUUGUUCAACGGUCAGUUUCAUGUUGUCAUAGGUUUAGGUGCGAAUGUCAGUAAUGCUGUGCCAACAGAAUGUCUGAAUAGUUUGAUAAACGAACACAACACCGCGAACGGGAAGGCAUUAAGCGAAUUAUGCGUUGAAGAUGCACUAGCUGGAACUUUAAAUGCGAUGGAAAGAUUAAUAAAUUUGUUUCAGGAGGAGGGAAUGAAUGCGUUUAAGAAAGAGUAUUAUCAAUACUGGUUACACAGCAACGCCGAAGUUACUCUUGAAAGUCGUAACAACGAACGCGCUACUGUGAUGGGAUUGGAUGAGUUCGGUUACCUGCUUGUGAAGCUAGACGACGAAACAGAGUUAUCUCUCCAACCUGACGGUAACAGUUUCGAUAUGAUGAGAAAUAUGAUUGUAUCAAAAAAUAAAUAACUUAUCUUGGUAUUUUACCGAAUGACGCGAUUUCUUAUUCUUCAUUGUACGUGUACGUAGUUAGAAAUAACUUAUCUUGGUAUUUUAUCGAAUGACGCGAUUUUUUAUUCUGCAUUGUACGUGUACGUAGUUAGAAAUAACUUAUCUUGGUAUUUUACCUAAUGAAGCAAAUAAAGUGUGUACUUUGUGGA